AUUGACGUUUUUGACAUUGUUAUUGCCGUUCGUUAAACAUAUUGCAAAAAAUGGAUAAUUCCAAUCAAUUGAUGUAUUGGAACAAUAUUAUUAACGAGGAUGUAGAGGAGGCAGUUGAGGAAUGGGAGAUUGGGAGAGAUAUUCUUGGGCACCGAGACCCUUUCACAAUUUCCGAUCGAAAAUUCGAACAGAUGUUUAGGUUGACUAAAGAUUUGGUGUAUGAAUUGCUGGAGAUAUUGACUCCAUUCAUACAACCACCCCGACGAGGUUCUGCACUUUCGAUCACAACAAAGGUUUUGGCAACUCUAAGAUUUUAUGCUAGUGGCAGCCAUCAGUAGAUCACUGGCUCCAACCAUUUUGUUGGGAUUAGCCAGGCAUCGAUGAGUAGAGCAAUAAAGGAGAUAACGGAGGCAUUAAAUCAACCACAAAUUCUUGCAACCAAAGUAAGCUUUCUCAGAGAUCCAGAGGAACAAGAUGUUCUGCGUAGAAGGUUUUAUAGUAUUCAUAACUUCCCAGAAAUAUUGGGUAUCAUAGACUGUACACAUGUGGCAAUUGUGUCACCCAGAAAUAAUGACCCAUUAUACCCUGAACAUGUGUACGUCAAUAGGAAAAAUUACUAUUCACUGAAUGUUCAGCUAAUUUGUGACCCAGAUCUCAAGAUUAUGAAUGUUAAUUCAAGGUUUCCUGGAUCGGCACAUGAUUCUUUUAUAUGGGCACAAUCUCCUGCAAGCUUAUACAUGGAGCAAAUAUACAGAAGGAAUCCUCAAAACAUUUUUUUUGCUUGCUGAUUCAGGUUACCCAACCCGUCCCUGGUUACUUACACCCCUACCAAAUCCAGGAAACCAUGGGGAGGAGCUUUUUAAUGAAAUACUGUCCUCUGUAAGAUCCAUUAUUGAGAGAUGUAAUGGUGUCUUGAAAAACAGGUUUAGAUGCCUUUUACGGUACAGGACCCUACACUAUAGUCCUACAAUAGCAGGAAAAAUUGUUAAUGCAUGUUGUGUUUUACACAAUAUGUGCACUAUGGCAUGUAGACUGUAGAAAAUCUACAGCAAAGAAGAGUAGCUGGAAAUCCUGACCUAGCUGCUGCAAGGCAGAUACAGGAGAACAUAAUAUUAAAUCAUUUUAAUGGAUAAAAUAAAUAUCUACAGUAAUAAAUUCCAAAAUUUGUAAAAAAAACAUUUGUUCUUUAU